AAAAUCGGAAGACCAAGACCUGCAGGGAGUCAAGGACAAACCCCUGAAGCCCAAAAAGGUGAAGAAGGAGAGGAAGGAGGAGAAGGAGGGCAAGAAUGAGCCCCCGCAGCCGUCCGCCCACCAGUCCGCCGAGCCGGCCGAAGCGGGGAAAGCGGAGACGUCGGAAGGGGCCGGGGCGGCCCCCGCUGCCCCCGAAGCCUCGGCCUCCCCCAAGCAGCGGCGCUCCAUCAUCCGAGACCGGGGCCCCAUGUACGACGACCCCACCCUGCCCGAGGGCUGGACCCGCAAGCUCAAGCAGAGGAAAUCGGGCCGCUCCGCCGGAAAGUAUGACGUGUAUUUGAUCAACCCCCAGGGCAAAGCCUUCCGCUCCAAGGUGGAAUUGAUCGCGUACUUCGAAAAGGUAGGGGACACCUCCCUGGACCCCAACGACUUCGACUUCACGGUCACCGGGAGAGGAAGCCCGUCGCGGCGGGAGCAGAAGCCCCCCAAGAAACCGAAGGCUCCCAAGGCCCCCGGCACGGGCCGAGGCCGGGGGCGGCCGAAGGGCAGCGGCACGCUGAAGCCCAGGGCGGCGACGACGGCGGCGGCGGCGGUGGCGGUGGCGGCGGCCGCCUCCGAGGGCGUCCAGGUCAAGAGGGUGGUCGAGAAGAGCCCCGGCAAGCUCCUGGUCAAGAUGCCGUUCCAGCCUUCGGCCGGGGGCCGGGCGGAGGGCGGGGGAGCCACCACGUCCGCGCAGGUCAUGGUGAUGAAGCGGCCCGGCCGCAAGAGGAAGGAGGAGGAGGCGGACCCCCAGGCCGUCCCCAAGAAGCGGGGCCGCAAGCCGGGGGGCGCGGGGGCCGCCGUCGCGGCCGCCGAGGCCAAGAAGAAAGCCAUCAAAGAGUCUUCCAUCCGGUCCGUGGUGCAGGAGACCGUGCUCCCCAUCAAAAAGCGGAAGACCCGGGAGACGGUCAGCAUCGAAGUGAAGGAGGUGGUGAAGCCUCUGCUCGCGGCCCCCGGCGGGGAGAAGAGCGGCAAGGGACAGAAGACCGGCAAGAGCCCCGGUCGGAAGAGCAAGGAGAGCAGCCCCAAGGGCCGGAGCGGCGGCGGCAGCAGUGCCGCGUCCCCGCCGAAAAAGGAGCAGCCGCCGGCGCCGGCGCCGCCCCACCACCACCACCACCAUCACCACCACCACCACCACCACCACCCGCCUCCGCCGCCCCACUCCGAGCCAGCGGCCAAGGCCGCCCCGCCGCCGCCGCCGCCGCCGUCCCGCCCCCCGCCCCCGCCGCCGCCCCCUCAGCCAGAGAGCUCCAAGGACAACAGAAGCUCCCCCGAGCCUCAGGACUUAAGCAGCAAAGUCUGCAAAGACGAGAAGAUGCCGAGGGGGGGGCCGCCCGAGAGCGACGGCUGCCCCAAGGAGCCCGCUAAGACUCAGCCCCCCCAAGCCGCCGCCACCACCACCACCGCCGCCGCCGCCGCCGCCGCCUCCUCCGCCUCCGCGGCGGCGGCGGCGGCGGCGGCAGAAAAGUACAAACACCGAGGGGAGGGAGAGCGGAAAGACAUUGUCUCGUCCUCCAUGCCGAGGCCAAACAGAGAGGAGCCCGUGGACACCCGGACGCCGGUGACGGAGAGGGUCAGCUGACUUGGAACCGAGCGGACGUCCGACCGACCGACCGACAGACAGACAAGAAUUAAAGGCAGCUGUUGUCUCUUCUCCUUAUGGGUAGGGCUCUGACAAAGCUUCCCGAUGAACUGAAAUAAAAAAAUAUUUUUUUUUUCAGUAAACUUAGAGUUUCGUGGCUUCAGGGUGGGAGUAGUUGGAGCACUUGGGAUCUUUUUCUUACCGACAAGCACAGUCAGGAUGAAGACCUAACCAGGGCCAGAAGCAGCUUUGCACUUUUCUAUAAUAGGCUCCUUCAACAAGGCUUGCUGCAUAUACUACUGACCAGACGAGCUGUUGAUCAGGCUUUUUUUUUAGGGUACGCCAGCUCCCGCCUCCUUCCCCGCCCGACCCGGUCGGGGAGAGGGGUUGCGGACCGGUUGUCGUUACAGACUCGACAGAGUAGGUUAGCGGGAGCUUACGUUUUCAGUGCCAUUGACGUCCUAGUCCGAGGUCUUAAAUUAUUGUGUUUCUCUUU